AUGUCCCGGUCCGUCCGCCGCCUAAUGAAGGAAGCGUCCGAGCUCUCCUCCUCGCCCUCCCCGCACUUCACCGCAGCCCCCGUCUCCGACUCAAACCUCUACGACUGGCACUUCACAAUUGCCGGCCCACCCCCACCAUCCCCUUACGCCGGCGGCAUCUACCACGGCCGUAUCGUCCUCCCACCCACAUACCCUCUCCGCCCGCCAUCCUUCCGCUUCCUCACCCCCUCCGGCCGCUUCGAAGUCAACCGCGAGAUCUGCCUCAGCAUCUCGGGACACCAUGAAGAGACGUGGCAGCCCGCUUGGGGGAUCCGAACGGCGCUGAUUGCGAUUCGCAGCUUUAUGGAUGGGGAUGUCAAGGGGCAGGUUGGCGGGUUGGAUGGUGUGAGCGAUGCGAUUAAGAAGGAGUGGGCGGUUGCGAGUCGUGGGUGGCGCUGUGAGGCUUGUGGGGAGGGGAAGAGCAAUGAGCAGGUGUUGAGUGAGUGGCGAGGUUUCUGUGUAGAGCAGGGGGUUAAUGUUGAGAAGGAAGAGGAGGCUGAGGGGGUGCCGGAAGAGUUGAGGCUUGGGGUUAAGAAGGCGGAUGGGAAUAACGAGACUGAUACGGCAAAGGACGCGCAUGCAACAGCUACUCCGAGCCCUGGUGCGGGUCAGAUGGGAGGCGGGUCUACAGAGGUGCCCGUGAAGACAGGAGGGAGCGUGCCGGUGCCUGCUAGUUCGACGAGUACGACUACGUCUAUGCCUCCAUCUACACAAACCCUGGUGCCCCCGCAGAGCAACGGACCAAGACCAAUCACGUCUCAGCCCCGUCUACAACCGCAGCAAAGACAACCUACGACGACUACUAGUACAGCGCCAACAAGGAGGCAGACCGCUCCACCUGCUUCGCAAGAUAGCCCAUGGCUGGACCGGGCGAUCUUCGGCGUGCUGAUCGCGCUAGUCCUGAUGAUCCUGCGGCGGUUUGUUGACAUCGAAGAUUAA